GCGAUCAGGCGGCGCGGCGGGCAGCCCUGCGGGGGGAGGGGCGCGGCCUCGCGGGGUCCUUCCUUCUCGCUCGGCCUGCUUGUGCUCUCGGAGCGGACACGGCAAAUGGCGGACUUCGACACCUACGACGAUCGCGCCUACAGCAGCUUCGGCGGCGGCAGAGGGUCCCGUGGCAGCGCUGGUGGCCAUGGUUCCCGCAGCCAGAAGGAGCUGCCCACAGAGCCUCCCUACACGGCCUACGUAGGGAAUCUGCCUUUUAACACGGUUCAGGGUGACAUAGACGCUAUCUUUAAGGAUCUCAACAUAAGGAGUAUACGGCUAGUCAGAGACAAAGACACAGACAAAUUUAAAGGAUUUUGCUAUGUAGAAUUUGAUGAGGUGGAUUCCCUUAAGGAAGCUCUGACCUAUGACGGCGCCAUCUUGGGUGAUCGGUCACUUCGUGUGGACAUUGCAGAAGGCAGAAAACAAGACAAAGGCAACUUUGGAUUCAGGAAAGGUGGACCAGAUGACAGAGGCUACCGGGAUGACUUCCUGGGCGGCAGGGGAGGAAGUCGCCCCGGAGACCGGCGGACAGGUCCCCCCAUGGGCAGCCGUUUUCGAGAUGGGCCUCCCCUCCGUGGGUCCAACAUGGACUUCAGGGAGCCGACAGAAGAGGAACGAGCGCAGAGACCACGACUCCAGCUUAAACCUCGGACAGUCGCGACGCCCCUCAACCAAGUAGCCAACCCCAACUCCGCCAUCUUUGGGGGCGCCCGGCCCAGAGAGGAAGUGGUUCAGAAGGAGCAAGAAUGAGCUGGCGGGUGGGAGGGAUGGGGCGCAGGGGGUUGGAUCCCGACCUCAGUCAGCCUGGCUCCCCUGGAGCGCCCCGCAGCGCCGGCCUGCGCCUGACCUUUGCCCUCCUUUCUUACACCGGAAACACAGCUCGUGAAUGCAUGUCAGCAGUGAGCAAGUGGUUCCAGCACAUUCUGGCUUCGCUGUGUCCCCCUCCCCGUCUGCUCUGCUCUCUCUGCCACGCGGCCCUGGUCCUAGUGUCCUUCCCGAGGGAUGAGGCAGCGGCCGCGGGGCGCCUUGACUUCAGGUGCUGCUGCAUCGCCCUGCCCUGUCUUUUCUCCUCUUCCUUUGACUCUCGGGCCAGACCCCGGUGCUCCCUUUGAUUUCUCUGCGCCCCUUCU